GCGUCUCGCGCGCCGAGAGCCGUUGGGACGCGCGAAGAAACGGUUCCUCGAGGUCGAAAUAAGUUUGAAAGAAAAAAAGAGAGAAGAAGUUAAAUUGCAAAGCGCACCACAAAACACCGGAGAUGAACACAAGGAGAGCGGGGCAGUCCGCGCUGCACGACGCCGGUUCCGCGGCACCGGCACACGUUUACUGUUUCGCACGGUGACGGUGCGAGUGGCAGCGAGAUGGUGUGACCCGUGCGCGCGACCGCCGCCUCGCUCAUGAACGCUCGCGGUGGAAGCGUAGCGGGGGCGCGCUGGAGAUGAGAGACGCGCGCGCGAGAGAGAGAGAGAGAGAAAGAGAGAGAGAGAACGAGCACGAGCGUUUAGUGGGUUCGCAUCGCGGGACACGGCUGGCCGGUGGGCCGACGGCUCCGCGCCGCGACAACGGCUGUUUUUAUCGGAAACGCGAAGCGGGCGACACGGGAACGCGCUGGAGAAGGAGACAGAGCGCGUGCGAGACGAGGCGUCAUGUUUCUCCACGCGGCAGGUGUACGGACAACCGAGUUGGCUGCGGGAAGCCGCGACUCGACGCCCGGCGGCGGCGGCCGGACUCCUGCUUCUCCCGGGGCUCUGUGAGCGCGGAACCGCCCGGCGGCGCGAGGGUUUCCACAAAGAAAGUCAUCGCUCUAUGAAGAUGUUGAUGUUCAAGAGGACAAGGGACCAGUCUGAGAUUUGAGACUAUUAUCUGAAUUUUUUUUUUUUUUUUUUUUUUUUUGUACAGACUUACUUGGGAUUCAUUUUGUUGUGUUUAUUGAGCAAAUUAUUUUUCAGGUGGUGAAGGGAGGACUGGGUUAGGGCCUUGGAGGUGGAGAGGAGCAGUGAAAGCAUAAAGAGCUAUACAAGGCGGAGUGGAGACGGUGCUGCACCCGUGCUCGCUGCGGUGAAACCCGGGGCGCGAGUGUCUCUGACUCUCGGCCACCAACGGUUGCACAGACAAAACUGGUUGAAACGAGCAGGCAGAGAAGGAACCCACAGAAAGACAGAGAGACGGGGGCUGAUCGAGAACAAGGGGGCAGGUGGGAAGGGAGGAGCAGGGUAGGCGGUCCCGCAUGGCGACCGAUCCCGGAGAGCCUACCUCCACCGAGGACUCCUCUGAAAAACCUGAUGGAGGUCAGGAGAGGGAGGCAGAGCCGGGGCAGGGUGACGGAGGGGCCCACGAGAGGGAGCGCACCCGCAGCACCCCCUCUGACUUUCCCUCAUCCCAGACGGAGGAGAGGAGAGGGCUGAGAGGAGGAGGAGGUGGUGAGGACGAAUGGCACCCCUCCAGAGUUCUGUCCGUUUCCACACCUUCAUCCCCUGCCCAGGGCGGCAGGGUAAAGAGGGAGAAGAAGCGCUUUUUCCGAAAGAGUGUGGAGAUCUGCGAGGAAGAGGAUGAGCCCGAUGAGGCCUUGGUGGCAGCGCGGAGCGCCCCGCACCUGGACUCCUUGGCCUUCGACUCAGUUUUCACCGAUAGCGGCCCACAGCAGACUCCGCACGUCGCCGCGUCUGCUGCCCCUGGGCACGACGGCCACAGCCCACCUACCCUGGAUCCCGGUAAGAGUGCGCCUGCGCCCGGCUCGACGCAGAAAGGCAAAGAGAGGGACCGGGAGCAGGAAGAAGAGGCAGAGAUGAAGGCAGUGGCUACCUCCCCUGGAGGCCGCUUCCUCAAGUUUGACAUUGAGCUGGGCAGGGGUGCGUUCAAGACCGUCUACAAGGGGCUGGACACGGAAACCUGGGUGGAGGUGGCAUGGUGCGAGCUGCAGGAUCGCAAGCUAACCAAGGCGGAGCAGCAGCGCUUCAAGGAAGAGGCAGAGAUGCUCAAGGGGCUCCAGCACCCCAACAUCGUGCGCUUCUACGACUCCUGGGAGUCCGUGCUGCGGGGCAAGAAGUGCAUUGUCCUGGUCACGGAGCUCAUGACCUCGGGAACGCUGAAAACCUACCUGAAGCGCUUCAAGGUGAUGAAACCCAAGGUGCUGCGCAGCUGGUGCAGGCAGAUCCUGAAGGGGCUGCACUUCCUGCACACCCGCACACCGCCCAUCAUCCACCGUGACCUCAAGUGCGACAACAUUUUUAUCACAGGCCCCACCGGCUCCGUCAAGAUUGGGGACCUGGGCCUGGCCACCCUGAUGAGGACCUCCUUUGCCAAGAGCGUCAUAGGCACCCCAGAGUUCAUGGCUCCAGAGAUGUAUGAGGAGCACUACGACGAGUCUGUGGACGUCUAUGCCUUCGGCAUGUGCAUGCUGGAGAUGGCCACCUCGGAAUACCCAUAUUCCGAGUGCCAGAACGCUGCUCAGAUCUACCGCAAAGUCACCAGUGGCAUUAAACCCGCCAGCUUUGACAAAGUGAGUGACCCUGAGAUUAAGGAGAUCAUCGAGGGCUGUAUUCGACAGAACAAGAGCCAGAGGCUGUCCAUCCGGGACCUGCUGACGCACGCUUUUUUUGGGGAGGACACCGGGGUUCGUGUGGAGCUGGCCGAAGAGGACACAGGCCUACAGGAUUGUCUGGCGCUACGCAUCUGGGUGGAGGAGCCCAAGAAGCUGAAGGGGAAGCACAAGGACAACGAGGCGAUCGAGUUCACCUACGACCUGGAGAACGACAGUGCUGAGGAGGUGGCCCUGGAGAUGGUGAAGUCUGGAUUCUUCCACGAAAGCGAUGCCAAGGUAGUUGGAAAGUCCAUCCGGGACAGAGUCACUCUUAUCAAGAAGUCCCGCGAGAGGCGCCAGCAGCAGCUGCAGCUUGGCGCGGAGGACAGAAGGGACUCCUUCACCCCAGCCACUUACCCCUACUUGCACCCCUCCUGCACGACUUCACUGGGUCCUGCAGGGACAGCCGGGGCGGCCCUGGGGGGCGGGGCACCGGCGGAGGCAGAAGAGCUGCCGGAAGUGGACCAGCAUGCCAGACAGCAGCAGAUGCACGGUGUCACGGCCAGUGGCCUGACAGAGGGGGAGGUUAUCUCUGCCGUCUGCUGUGAAUCGGCAGCAAGCGGGCAGAACCAAGUGUUCCCUCAGCCAGGGGAGUCCACGCUGAAGCCUGGGCAUCCCUACGCUCACACUCAGUCAGGAUACCACGCUGCUACUGCCACUGCUCCCGCAGCUUCUGCUGCGGCUGCUGCUGCGGCUGCUGCUGCGGCCGCUGCUCCCGGUGUACAAACUACAGGUGGCAUGUCACAGUCUCAAAUUCUGCCGUUGGGGCACAGCGGAGGGGUCCCUCAUGCACCUGUUGCUCAAACUACCGGCAUUUCCAACUCGCCCCUCGUCCAGAGCGCAGCUCCUCCAACCAUUCCGGUGGGUCAGAGCUUGACUCAGCCGGUUGCUAUGGCAACGCAGCCAUCUCCCGGAGAGCAGCAGCAGUAUCCCCUGUCCUACAAUACAGAUGGAUCACGAGCAGUACCCCUCCAGUCAGGGGACACUGCACCUUCCCAUGCCUUAGUUGCACCCUCGCAGCCUUACCUCCCUGCAGCCUCACCUCAAGGCCCUGUUAAUGUCCAUCUCGCAGCUCCCAUUGGGGAGCACAGCGAGCACUCGUAUUUGCCGCAGGGAGGUGUAGGAGGUACUGCUUCGCUUUCACAACAAUCACAGCCAAAUGUCCUCUCCUUGCAACAACCGGAACCGAUGAGCAGCCUUUUACCCCAGCAAGCCCCGCCUUCUGCAGGGUACCAGCAAAUGCUGGUACAACCGCAGCAGCCGAUUGUGAUGGAGCAGCAAGCGUCCGUACUGCAGCAGCUUCAAAUGGAGCAGCAGCACCCUUCACUGUUGCAGCAGCAGCAUAUGAAUUUGGUUCAGCAGCAACAGCAAGUUAAUGUGAUUCAGAAUGCCGGUUUGGUUCCAGAGCCGCCGCCGCAGCAGCAACAAGCAAGCUUGAUUCAACAGUCUCAGACGCUACUAGAACAACCGACAAAACCACCUUUGCUACAAGCAGCAGCAGGGGUCCAGCAGCCACAGUUUGACAUGCAGCCACACACGGGUGCGUUACAGCAGACAUAUACGGCUGUGGCCCCACAUCAGAGUCCCAAGGUGUUGGCGAACCUGCAACAAGCCGAGCAACAGCAGCAGGUUUACCAGGAACAGCAGUCCGAGCAGCAGCAGCAAGCUUUAGUGCAACAGCACAAAGUGGAACAGCAGCAGUUCUAUGUACGUCAGCAGCAGGCGGAUCAGCAGAAAAAUGUCAUUCAGCCACAGUGUUUGCAGACACAGCCACUGAUGUUGCAUCAACCAGCAGAGCAGCAACAGCCUUUGUUACAGCAACAACACGUUGAACCACAACAGGUUUCAAUACAACAGCAAGCGCAGCAGCAGACGGAUCAUCAGAGCGUUUUAUUACAGCAGCAGAUGCAGCUCUCGCAGCAUCCUCCGGUUAUGUUACAGCAGCAACCGCCACCGCCCGUGGAGCAGCAGCAACAAGCUGCACUGCAAACACUGCAACAUGUGGAGCAACAGCAGGCUGCGUUGCAACAAAAACAGGUGGAAGCGCAGCCUGCGUUGCAAAAGAUGGAGCAGCAGCUGCAACAACUCACCGUGGUACAACAGGAUCCAAGUGGGGUGCCAAUGACACAUCCACAACCGAGAGAAAAUCCAGAAGUAGCAUUAAUGCAAAAAGCAUGUGAAAAGCAAGUUCCAACUCAAGCACAACAGCUGGAUCAACAGCAGUCUCAUUUUUCAGUGCAGCAGCAAGCAACCUUACUACAGCAUCCCCAAGCAAUGCUGACACAGCAACAGAUGGAGGUUCAGCAGAGGCAACAACAAGCUUUAUUGCAACAGCAGCAAGCUUAUCUUUCCCAGCCGCAGCAGAUGAGGUCUUUGGCUGAACCCCAGUUGCCCAUUCUUGUCCAAGCCCAUGCAGAAAUGUCACAGAUCUCUGCUCAGACCUCAGGCCAAGGUCAGACAUCUGCGCAGGAUCCCAUUCAGCAGCCCCAGCUUCAGUCCCAGGCCUCGCUCCAGUCCCAAACCCAUUUCCCAGUCAAGAGUCAGGUGCACUCUAGUCCCCUGGUCCAGAGUCAUAUCUCAGUGCCGCUUCAGGCUCAGGCCACCAACCAAGGACAAGCUGCGAUUCAGCCUCAAAGUCAGUUUCAGGCCCAGGCCCAGGUUUCGGUCCCAGGUCAGAUCCUGGGCCAAAUUCGGCCACUGGUACCACAGCAGAGCCAGACGCAAACCCAACUUUGUCCAAACCCCCAAAUUCAAUCGGCAGUACUGACCCAGGCACCGAUACAGCAUUUGGUCCAGCCUCAGGCCGUAGCCUCCGGCCAGACUGUUGUUCCUGUGCUAGUCCAGGGUCAGGUCCCAUCGCAAAGUCAAAUUGCAGCACAAGUGCAGGCCCCGUGCCACGUGUCACUCAUUCAAAGUCAGACUUGCCUUCAACCACAAGGCCAAACCUUGCCGCAGAGUCCGGCUCAGAUCCAGCCGCAAGCCCAGCAUCAGGCUCUCGUCCAUGGUCAGGUCCAGUCCCAAGCCUUAGGAAUGACCCAAGUUCAAAUGGCGGUCCAUAUGCAGCCUCAGCUGCAGCCACAGGUCUCAGCUGCCUUGCAGUCAACCCCAUACACGCAAGGCUUGCAGCCCACACAGCAGCUCUUACAGACGGGCCAACUGCAGCAGGACCACGUGCAGCUCACAGGACCACUGCAGGAAACCUUGCUGCAGUAUCAGCAGACGAUGCUGUCCCAAGGAGCAAUGGAGACUCCUUUCUCUGCUGUUGCCACUACUGUAGCGCCCUCGUCUUCGCCCUCAACCCCGAAACACCUGCAGCAAGGUGGACAGACACAGGUCCAAACCCAGCCAGGAGUACAGCCCCAACAUCCAUCUGUAGUCCCAGCCACACAGCCACCACCUCAGCUGCAUGCCCCAGUUCCUGCCCAGGCCUCACUACUACCCCCACAGCAGACUCUAGUUUCCCAAGACCAUAAUCAGUUGCCCUGUCAUCCCCAAACUGGUCUUCAUCAAAUGUCCUCAGUUCCACCAGCUCAGAUGUCUCAGCCCUCCUGUAUGAGCCCCUCCUUGUACAGCGGAGUCGCUACAGGCUCACCUCCUUCCCCCCAGCGUCAAACGCCAGGCUCUCUACCCGCACACACGCACACGCAGACGUGCACGCAGAUGCAAGCGCACACGCACACUCAGACGCAGUCCCAGAUGCACACGCACUCGCACACGCAGACGCACCCCGAUGCUCCUGCGGGCAACAGUGAGCCACAGUUCUCUCCACAGGUGCCCCCCAGUCUCUCUCACUCUUCAUCCCUCCUCCUUGCCACCGCCUCCUCCUCCUCCCUCUCCGGUACUGAGCCUGUCUUGGACCAACCUCCCAUGCCUGAAGCGCCAUUAGCCCAGCCCGGGACGUCAGGCGUUGCCCCCAACUCCCCCCCUCCUGUCACUGCUUUCCAGUCAGUUGGCUCUAACUUGCCCUCGCUGCCAGAGUGUGACCCCACCUUGCUGGUCAUCGCUCAGGAGGCUCAAAGCCAAGCUGCCGCAGACAGACAGGCACAGCCCAGUUCUGCGCCAGCCAAUGGGGAUGAGUCUCAUCUCCAGUUAGCCAAUGGGAAGCUGGAGCGUGUUAAAUCACAGAGGCGGUCCUCGUGUCAGAGAGCUGACAAGGCCACGCACUUCCAACUGAGCAUGCUCCAGGUCUCCAGCAGCGGGGACAACAUGGUAGAAUGUCAGCUGGAGACCCACAGUAACAAGAUGGUCACUUUCAAGUUUGACAUUGAGGGCGAUGCCCCUGAGGACAUUGCAGAUUACAUGGUGGAGGAGGAUUUUGUUCUGGAGACAGAAAAAGAAAAGUUUGUGGGGGAAUUGAGGACAAUUGUCAAACAAGCUCUUGAAAUCCUUCAAACUCAAUCUCAGACCGGAUCAAUGGAGCAGUUGCACGUCACGACCCCUGCAUCCACAAGUAUGGACUCAGUGCCCCAGUCUUCUCCUGUGGGGCGCUGGCGAUUCUUUAUCAACCAGACAAUUCGUCACCGCGAUUCACAUUCUAAUCAGGGAGCAUCGACUCCGCCCCCUGCUGGAGACACUCUGAUAUCACAACCCAUGGAUGGAACCCAUGCUGAGAGAGAUGAUGGACCACAGAGGUCGGGCUCUUUCAGCGGUGUUGCUGCCAUUCCCUGCUCCUCCAUUUCUGCUUCCGCUGCCCCUGUUUCCACUGCUUCUGCUCCUGCCUCUAUGUCAGCCCCAGCAACAGUUGCCCCGGCUGCCCCAGACUCGGACACUGCUGCCUCUGACUCCGUAGCAUCUUCAGUGUCUCCUCUUUCUAGUGCAGUUGCUUGUGCUCCACUUGCCGCAGGAGGUGCUGAUUUACUUACUUACACCUCAGCAUCAGCAGGCCUAACCACAAGAGCUGCCUCUUCCCAUUUAACCCCAGAUCCUAAUGCUAGUUUCUCAAGCUUUGUUCCUACCCCUUGUCCUGCUUCCGUUCCUUCCGCCUCUGUAGCUGCUUUUGCUUCGGGGCCUGCCUCUGCGGUGGGCGCUGGCAAGUCGUCGACCUCAGAGGAGUUUGCUCCUAGUGCCAUGUCUGAACUUCCCAUGAGCAUGAGGGAGAGAGAGCAACUGUUGCUGCAGACAUCGGGGCAGCCGGAGCAGCCUGUGCAAGGGGGGGGGCGGCCGGACUUCUCCUCACAGGCACAGCCGCAGCAAAUGGAGAGGAGGGCGCAAGCGGGUCAGCCAGCAGAGAGGCCCUCGCAUUCGGCAGAACAAGUGCAGGAGCAACCCCCCUCCGUGCACUCGCAUGAGCUGCAGCAGGCAAUGCAUCAGCUGUACCGCGAGCAGGUGCAGCAACAGCAGCUGCAGCAAACACUCCCACAGCUCAGCCUCGAGCAGAUACAACAGCAGCAGCUGCAUCAACAGACGUUACAGGAGCAUGUGCACCGAGAGCAGCUCCAAAAGCUGCAGCAGUCAUUUCAGCAGCUGCAGUCGCAGCCAGGAUUGCAGCCACAGGCUGGGUUUCACGUGCAGGUGGAGUUGCAGCCACAUCAAGGAAGAGACCCCAAAAACGGGAUGCCACAGCAGCAGUCCACACAGCAGCAAAUUCUCCUGCCACAGCAACAGUCCCACAUGGAGCAGGUGCAGAAGGAGCAGCAGGAGUUUGCACAGCACUCCCAAGCGCUGCAUCAGCAGCAGGCAGCACAGUUGGUGCAACUGCCUCAGGUUCAGCUCCCUCAGCAGCGCUCCCUAGACCUGCCGCUGCCGCAGAUGUUGCAGCAGCAGCAGCAACAGCAGCCUGUAACACACUUGGUCCCACAGCACCAAGAAAAGCAAGGAGUGCAGCCUCCAGAGCAGCAGCAAACACUCCAGCAGCAGCCCCCGCGACAGUCCCAAGAGCAGCAGGCGGCGCUGCAGGCUGAGACAGAGCAGGCAGCACUGGGAGCCAGUGCUGGCACCGAGAACACGUCUGGUCACCCAGCCGCCCUGCCCCCUGCUUCAGAUACCUCCCAGCCUCCUCCAGGACCAGCUGGAGCCUCAGAGCCCCCCGUACCAGCCUUCUCCCAGACCUUGACUCCCUCCCCAGCCCAGCCCUCUUCUGUGGCGGAGUCGGACAGCGAGGGCCCCCCCAAAAUCGAGUUUGUGGACAACCGCAUCAGAACCCUGGAUGAGAAGUUGAGGAACCUGCUGUAUCAGGAGAGCAGUAGCGGGGCAGCACUGACAGGGGGCGCUGCGGUGUCUUCCAGUGUUGCCCCUUCUGUCACAGCAGUCUCAACGUUGGCCGAAGGGGAGGAGCCGACUGAGCCGCACCCGCUCCACCCUUCCCUCCCGCCUCCGGCCUCUUCCUCUGACACCUCUCCGCACUCCUCCUCCUCCACCUCCUCUUCUUCCACUUCCCGCUCCUCCUCCACCUCCCCUGAUAUGGAAGGGCAGCAAGGAGAGGAGGCCCCUCCUGACAUUGGUCCCGUUUCCUCCGCGGCUGUUCCGGGACCAGUGGAGCAGCAGCCUGUGGGGUCCCUGUCCUCAGCCUCCCCCCCUUGCUCUGUCCUCUUGCCCCUGCAGGAGGAUGUGGCUGCAGAUGUGCCACCACCUGCUGAGCCCACAGUGUGUACUGCCCCCCCUCUCUCUGAAGCCAGCACCCCUGGAGAUGCAGUGUGGCCCUCCAGCCAGCACCCACUUCCCCUCAGACCGGGACAGCAGCAGCACAACCCAGGAGGUGGAUAUUUUGGCCUAAACCUGACAUGUCCUAGUAUCAGAAAUCCCGUUAGCAAGAAAUCCUGGACUCGCAAAUUCAAAAGCUGGGCGUGCAAACUGCGCCACUCCGCCAGCUUGUUCAAGAAGCCCAGAGUCCAGCAAGAAGGCAGCUCCAGCUGUCAGAAUCUGAAAAAUGAGAGUGAGAUCGCCACCCAUGUCCAGCCUUCGUCUUGCAUGGGACGUUUCCAGGUGACCCCUGUAACUCAGCUGCCGGAAAAUCCUUCAGCCCAGAAGGCCACAGAUGGGGUCCACAGGAAGGUGGGGCGCUUCUCUGUGACUCUACCAGAAGCCCAGAAAGAGGACAGGCAGACUGAUAGCUCGCCUGUGUCGCCUGACGAUGAGGGAGAAAAAAGGAGGGGCCAGGUAAAAGAAGGCGAGGAGAAGAGGAAAAGGGGCCCUGUCCCUCCCCUUCCAACCAGGGGUUACUGCCCCUCGCCCCCUGGCAGCAGCGAUGACGACGACGACGAGAGCGAGCUGGAGGAUGAGGACCUGCGGAGGGAGCUACAGCGAUUGCGGGAGAAACACAUCAAGGAAGUGGUAUCUCUCCAGGCCCAGCAGAACCGAGAGCUCCAGGAGCUCUACAGACAGCUGCGCACCAGCAGAGACCAUCGUCCGCCUUUGCCCCUCCCUCUGCCUCGAACCCCACCUCUCCUUCCUGCCGCAUCUCCUGCCCUGUCUCCUCGCAGGCCCCGCCCCGCCAAAGCCAAGCUUCGCCCACGACCUCAUUCUCACCUGGACAACAACGGAGUGAUGCAUGCGGGAAACCAACAGUCCAGCAGUCUCUCAGGCGGAGAGGAAAACAGACUUCCCCCCUACUGUCCCCCAGCACCCCCUACUACACUGACCACUACGAGGGACCUGCGCUCCGUGCCUCAGGGCUCGGCUAAUAGGAAGAGCACAUUUACCGAUGACUUGCACAAGCUGGUGGACGACUGGACAAAAGAGACUGUGGGUGCCGUUCUCCCCAAGCCCUCGCUCAAUCAGAUUAAGCAUAUUCAGCAGGUGCAGGAUUUAGGAGGUUGGAGCCAACCGGCCGAGACUGCCACCCCUGGUUGGUUUGCUGCAGUUCCUCUGAAUCUCCCAGCAGCCCCUGCUCCCGCUGCCCCAUCUUCUGUUUCUCCUCCUCAGUACGGUGGUGGAGGGGUGCCGGUUCUGUGGAGCGGGGUGGGGACAGCAGACACACAGCGACCCACGGGACAGCACCAACAAACGCACACAGCUCCCGUUGUGCAGCUGCAACAGCAGCAAAGCCUACACCUCCAUCACUCACUGCACAUACAGCCUCAGCACUUACAGCAGUUACAGCAGCUGCAGCAGACUGCACUCAGCCCACUCCAGUUCCAACACAGCGCGCUCCCGCUGAGUCAGCCACAGAUGCAGCCCCAGUUACUGUCUCAGCCCCAGCAUUUACAGCUGCCCCCCUUGGCCAAGCAGAACCAGUCCCAGGUUCCGCAGCUGCCCGCUCAGAUGCCCUCUCCACAGAAAGCUUCCUGUGUGUCUGUGCUCCCCGGCUCUGGGACUGCCCCCCACCCCGACGGUAGUGCUGCAGUAGGGGUGUUUUCCUCCUGCUCCUCCUCUUCCUCCUCCUCUUCCUCCUCCUCUUGUUCCUCAUCUGUUUUGCCUUCCAGUGCCAAACUGCAUCCUGUACCCCCACCCUCCACACUCCCUUUGGGACAGCAGUAGAACACGGAAUGGAAUGAAUGAAUGAAUGAGCGAGGAGGACAGCAGAGCACUGAGCGAGAGAGAGAAUGGUAGUGUGAAGUUGUUUUAUGUGACAGGUGUGAAUGGAGAUGAAAAAAUGACUGUGACAGACGUGGAUUUCUCCGGGCGAUAUGGGAAGAGAAUGUGACAAGCGGUACGCUGCCGGGAGAGGUGCUGUGUACCGCAAGAACGUACGCAAGUGUAUAGGCCGCUUCUAGAAAGCGUAGUUGGGUCUCUGGCUAAUGUAAAUUAAAUAUGUGUAUAAUGGAUGGGCACACGUGUGUGUGCGCGCGUGCGUGUGUUUGUUCACUACAUUAUCUCGUGUAUGUUCCGGCACCGUGUUAACUGUCAAUUUUUUUAAAUGAUUUUUUAGCGUAUUAAACUGACUUGGGCCUGAACUCUUUCUGACCAGAGAUAUGAAGGAACCGACAUACAUUUUCUCCGGUAUAUAUUAAAGUUACUUUUUUUUUUUUUUUAAAACAUUAAUGCUCAUAAUGAAAGGACUACAUAAAUAAAAAAAAGUGCAAUUAGUAACUGUUGUUAAAGUUUCACCUCCUGUGCUGUCUUAAUUUUGUAUGUGGAGAUUAAUGUUUAUGAAGCAAAGUAUUGUUCAGUAGAAGCACCAAGUCUAAACCCUGACAUCUUUAAUAAAUAUAGCACAAAGUCUGAAUACUGAUGACCGCACGUUAAGCAGUUUCAGCAUUAUUGCCUAGCAUCCAUCUUUAGAUAGUCAUGCAGUACGCUGUUGCACUCGCAAAGUAGUGCAAGCAUGCAUUUCUUGAUACGCUUUAAUUUCAUAAAUAAUAGUUACAUUUUAGCUUAUAUAGAUUUCUUUGUAAAAGAAAAAUAGCCAAGUGUUGAUCUGUUUACAGUGUGUUUGUUAAAUACUUUUGAGAUGGACAGAAUUCCCAUCGUAUUUAAUACCAGGACCACUUCAAUGUAGUAUGAGUCCAUUUACAGUUAUUUUACUGUAGCUUUUAGUGAAAUCAUUUAACAUUCACUCAUCACUUAGUCAUCCAGGUACCAGUAGAGAUGGCAGCAAGCUCACCUUUUUUAGCGUUGACGUGGAGUAGACUCUAAUGUUGUCACUGCUACCCUACUAAUGUAGACAUCUUCACUGAAGAAUUCAGACUAGUCAUCUGAGAUCUGUGUGUUAAUUACUGCCCAUAUUUAUGCUUAGAUCUGUAUAAACAUACUGAUAAUUUGUGAACUGCAGUAGCAUUUUAAAUGUUACAAUAGAUGCACUUUUUCAACACAGAGAGACCAUACAGAGGAAAAUCUCUUCGUAAAGCUCAUAUGCACAUUGAUGCAGACACAAAGCACUUUCCCACCCAGUACAUUUUUGGGUACUUCUCACUGACUUUCAUCAUUUUCAAUACAUUUGUGAAUCAGUCUCCAUAUAACAGGCUAAAAUGCAUCUCUGAAAUUGUACUUUGACACAGUAAAAACGGCGGUAGAAAUGACUGAACUGAAAUGGACAUAACCAUCACCACUUUUAAUAUUUAACGUUUUAAGAUUUUCUCCCUUUCGUUUACAAAUUUUACAAAACAAGCUAUUUCGAGUAUUCCACACUUCUGUCUCUGUACAACAAAGGAAACUGUUUAACCCCAAAAAUACUACAGAAUUCCUGAUGCCAUUACAUCCUAGAAAGCCUAAGCUUUUAGCGUUUGAGUAAGCUGUUCUCUGCAAUGCACACAGUGUGACAAAUUGAUGUGGGGAUUAACAGGUUGCAGGUUGCAUGAAAAACUGCGAAGGACGCUAUAGUGCACUGUACUUUGAUAGUGCAAAGUAAGCAGAGAAAACGGUUCAUAUCAAAUUUAACUUUUUUGCUGUUUGCUUAAUACGCAUUUAGAAAAGAUUAUCCAUAGUUAAAAUCCUAAAGGCGUUCUUUCGAGGACACCUUUUCUAAAAACAUGUCACUUAUGAAAGAUGUCACUUUGCCAUCAGGUCAGUGACUAACUACUUCAUCUGUGUUGCAGCUUUGAAAGAAUUUAUGAGCGGAAACUGGCAACCCAAGGUAUUCUGAAGUGUUACCAAAAUGUAAUCUAAACAAGAAAACUAUUUUUGUAUGUUGAGAUGGGGUUGUAAAAAAUGUAAAAUUACAUGUACCGAAGUAUUUACAAGCUGUGAUGGUGUGACGUGAUACAGCAGGAAAGGAUUUAGUCCUCAGCUCUGGUCCUGGAGUUCCCCUGCACUCUAUCAGCAUCGUCAUUUACACCUUUUUAAGUGAACGCUAGAUUGUUUCUGCUGCUUUAAUUUUUUCCAUCAAUCUAAGAAACUACAGUAACAGAAAUAAUCUCUUGAAAUUAUUGCCUAGGUGUUCUAGGGGACUUCAGAAUUAACUGGUUUUAAACUAAAGAUUAUAAUAGAAAUCAAACAUUCAAAGCUGGUGAUUUAGCUUAUGUAAAACUGUAAUUAAAUUCAACAAUUGUUUUGUAACUAAUCAAAAGAAUGGUGUAAACCAGACGGAGGAAAAAUAAAAAUGUGAACCAUUA